AAACACAAGAUUCAUCAUAUUAGAAGGAAGAGGGAGUAGUUGGUUUAUAAAGCUAAACUUGUUGAGUUCGUAAUCAUAGGCACAUCACAUAAAUAUUACAUUAACCCCUCUUUAUAAUCUCAUUAAUAUUGCUUCUCUCUCACAUUGACUCAUACGCAAAAAAAAUAACAAAAAAAAAAACACAAUAAAAAACAACCUCAAACACACACACACACUCUCUCAGUCAGUGCCUCUCUCUAUUCCCCACAUUGCUUCAUUCUGGGAAGAAAAAAAAAAAAGGUUUUUUCUUCUUUUCUCACAAGAUUCCAAAUCCACUGGAUCUGACACAACACUAACUCCUAUGUGUUUCUCUUUAACAUUUUCCUUCAAUGUUCAUCAAAUCUUCAACCCCUUUUAAGUAUUGGUCUUUUUGAAGUGUUUUGUUUCACAAAAAUGUCUCCAAGUAUUGAUUUUUCCAACUGGGGUUGGUCUAAAAAGUCUUCAAAUUCAACUUCAACUUCAAAGAAAGGUAACCCUGUUGUUGUUACUAUGGAGAAUCCAAAUUACUCAGUUCUUGAAAUAAAUGGUCCUGAUUCAGCAUUUCAACCAGUUGAGAAAGAUAGAACCAAAAAUGCUAAACAAUUUACAUGGGUUUUGUUUCUUAAAGCUCAUAAAGCUGUAAAUUGUGUUGCUUGGAUUGGAAAUAUUCUUUGUUCUUUGAUGAAUUCUGUCAAAAAAAGAAUAUUUUUUGGCACUAUGGAAAGUGAUGAGAGUGAUAAAUCUAUGAAAGCAAAGUUACUUUUUAGAGUGAUUAUUGCAUUUUUGGUUAUGGCUUUGGCAUUUCUUUUGUUUGAACUUAUUGCUCAUUUCAAAGGUUUGUACUAUUUUCAUAAUCAUAAUUUGCACAUUCCACAGACAUGGGAGAUUAAAGGGUUAUUUCAUGAGGUUUAUGUUAGAUGGUUGAGGUUUAGGGUUGAUUAUAUUGCACCGACAAUUCAAUUCCUUUCAAAUUUCUGCAUAGUUCUGUUCUUGAUUCAAUCUGUGGAUAGAAUGGUUUUGUGUCUUGGUUGCUUUUGGAUCAAAUACAAAAAGAUUAAACCAUUGAUUGUUGAUGGAAAUGUUGAACAUGAUUUGGAAGGUUCUAACCAUGGUUAUCCUUUGGUACUUGUUCAGAUUCCUAUGUGCAAUGAGAAAGAGGUAUAUGAACAAUCUAUAUCUGCAGUCUGCCAACUUGAUUGGCCGAAAGAUCGAUUGCUCGUCCAAGUUCUGGAUGACUCGGAUGAUGAAAGUAUACAGUGGUUGAUCAAAGCGGAAGUCGCGAAGUGGAGUCAGAAAGGUGUGAAUAUCAUCUACCGUCAUAGGAAGUUUAGAACCGGUUAUAAAGCGGGAAAUCUCAAGUCUGCAAUGAACUGUGAUUAUGUGAAGGAAUACGAGUUUGUAGCAAUUUUCGAUGCUGAUUUCCAACCGUGCCCUGAUUUCCUUAAGCAAACUAUUCCACAUUUUAAGGGAAAUCCUGAGUUGGCAUUGGUACAAGCUAGGUGGACUUUUGUAAACACGGAUGAGAACUUACUCACAAGACUUCAAAACAUUAAUUUGUGCUUCCACUUCGAGGUUGAACAACAGGUUAAUGGGAUCUUCCUUAAUUUUUUUGGUUUUAAUGGAACUGCUGGUGUUUGGAGAAUAAAAGCACUCGAAGAAUCUGGUGGCUGGCUCGAGCGAACUACUGUCGAAGACAUGGAUAUAGCCGUCCGCGCACAUCUGAAUGGUUGGAAAUUUAUCUAUCUCAAUGAUGUAAAGGUGCUUUGUGAGCUUCCUGAAUCGUAUGAAGCCUAUAAGAAACAACAACAUAGAUGGCAUUCCGGUCCGAUGCAACUCUUUCGUUUGUGCCUUCCAGCAAUCAUAACCUCUAAGAUUGCAUUCUGGAAGAAAACAAACCUUAUAUUUCUAUUCUUUCUGCUUAGAAAGUUAAUCCUCCCAUUCUAUUCAUUCACUUUAUUCUGCAUCAUUCUUCCAUUAACGAUGUUUGUACCCGAAGCCGAGCUUCCUAUUUGGGUUAUUUGUUAUAUUCCUGUAUUCAUGUCAUUCUUGAACAUUCUUCCCGCCCCGAAAUCCUUUCCCUUCAUCGUACCUUACCUACUGUUUGAGAACACAAUGUCGGUAACCAAAUUCAACGCCAUGGUAUCCGGUUUAUUCCAGUUAGGAAGUUCGUAUGAAUGGAUUGUGACCAAAAAAUCUGGCCGAGCGUCUGAGCCUGACCUAUUAGCUGCCGAAGAACGUGAAUCAAAGGCAAUGAGUCUCCAACUUCAUAGAGGAACUUCUGAUAGUGGUCUUUCUGAGCUUAAUAAGAUAAAGGAAUUCCGAGAAACCAUUCCUCCGAAGAAAACGAACAAGAUAUAUAAGAAAGAGCUUGCACUUGCAUUCUUGUUGCUAACAGCUGCAAUUAGGAGCCUGUUAUCGGCGCAAGGGAUGCAUUUCUACUACUUAUUAUUUCAAGGUGUAGCAUUCCUCCUUGUAGGUUUGGAUUUAAUUGGAGAACAAAUGAGCUAGAAGAUCAGAAAAGGAUGUGUAAAUUUGAAAAUUGAUAGUUAUACAGUUAAAUAAUUGAAGAGGCCGACCGAUAUUGAUUGCUGCUAGGCAGUUGCUUUUGGCAGUUAUAUUCUCAAGGUUCCUGAAAAUGACUGGGUAAAAUGCUGAAAGCUGGCGCGUGUCAAAUCAUAAAUAAGUUUGUUAUUUUUUGAAAUGUCUUUAUAGAAACUUUUCUGUUUUUUUACCUUUUCUGUUUUUUUUCCCCUUUGAUUGUUGUCUACAUUACAAUAAUUUUUAUUUUUUCUUUUUCAUUUGAUCUCUGCCACACCAUUGCUACAUAUCAUUGGUUCAUUUGUAUAUUUUGAAUGACAUAUGAGGAUUUAUUCAAACUCGAAUUUUCUGCAGUUAA